CAGUUCGGAAGAGAAGCCCCGAGUGGUUGGCAGCAGCUCCUUCCUCCUGGGAAAGCGCGGAUAAAACGCCGGUUUGAUCCUUACAUCGUCCACGUCAGUUGGAAGGAAACAUCUGGUGAAGAAAGGACUCGCCUGACAGCGGGACAUCACUGAACUAUAAUUCUGCAAACAAAAUGGUUCUAAGUUAGCCGACUAUAAAGAGGUGAAGCAGUAACCUUUAUCCUCUGGGGGAGUUGGUGUCGGUGACGGGUAUGUACUGAGAACAUUGAGGAUAAAUCCUGGUCCUGGCGAAAGCUCAGUGCCAAUCCAGGGUGUGGUCCGUGACGUUUGGGGAAAGGACUGUCAGUUGUCAGCGACCGGGGACAAAGGGACCGAAGAUGGAGGAGCCCAUGGCGCUGGUUUAUAACACGGAUGGGAAGCUGCAGGUCAACCCAGAUGCCCUUAGUGUGCUCCAGUCCGUCGAGGAUCCGCUGAUUGUGGUGGCCGUGGCUGGUGCCUAUCGCACAGGGAAGUCCUACCUCCUGAACCGCAUUGCGAAAAUCAAGAUGGGAUUCUCACUGGGAUCAACCGUCGAGACUCACACCAAAGGAAUCUGGAUGUGGUGCCGACCCCUCCCUCAGAGACCGGGGCAAAGCCUCCUGCUGUUGGACACCGAGGGUCUGGGAGAUCCAGAGAAGGGAGACAGCGACAAUGAUACUUCAAUCUUUUCAUUGGCCAUUCUCUUGAGCAGCAUCUUUAUUUACAACUGUCGGGGAAAUAUAGAUCAGCAAUCCAUGGCGGACUUACAUUUUGUGACUGAACUGUCCAAACGGAUCCAGGUGAGGUCUCAGCACAAUGUCAGUGACAGUCGGGACUUUGUCCGUUUCUUCCCCGAAUUUGUCUGGGUGAUCCGUGAUCUGAACCUGGAGCUGGAGAUCGAAGGGAAAGAGGUGUCUGCGGAUGAUUACCUGGAGCACUGUCUCCGUCUGAGGGAGGAUGAGAGCAGCGAGCAGAACCGGGAAUACAACGAUCUCCGCAGGUGUAUCCGGGAUCAUUUCCCCACACGUCGCUGCUUUGCAUUUCCCUGUCCGGCUCAAAGGAAGAAACUCAAGGGGCUUCAGGAAAUGGAGGACGAGGAUCUGGAUGAGGAAUUUGUCGAGGAGCUCCGGAGACUCUGCGAAUACGUUCUAACCAACAAGAAAGUCAAGAGAGUUCUCGGGGGUCACCAGGUGACGGGCAGGAGAUUUGCUGAACUGACCGAGACCUAUGUGGGCAUGAUGGCGGACGGGGCCCUACCGUGUGUGAAGACGAGUGUAGCGAGAUUGAUGGAGGUGGAGAACAAGGCAGCAUUGGAUGAAGCCCUUGCCUUUUACAAACAGAAAAUGAGCCAAAUCUCCCAUCGUGGCCCUGAGGCUUACAACAAACUCCUCAAGGAUUCACAUGAGAACUACAAAGAGGCACUGAAAAUCUUCAUGAAAAAAUCUAUGAACGACAGCAGUGAAAAACAUCUCAAAGAGCUGGUGGAGACCAUGACUUCGCAUUGCGAUUCUCUCAUGAACAAGAUCAAGGUUGAGUCACAAGAGCGAUGUGAGGCAUUUCUCUCCGAAGUAAUGAGAUCGAUUGAGGGAAAACUGGCUUCUCAACAGUACCUGGCAGCUGGUGGGUACCAGGAGCUGGAUUCUGAGCUCAGUGAGGCCGUCAACAAGUACAGAGAUGGAACCAAGGAUGAAGUGCAGGGAUAUUCCGUCCUCGACCGCUUCCUGGAAGAAAAGAAACCUCUUCUCGACCAGGUACAGAAGGUGGACAGGAAGCGGACUGAGGAAACGCUCGCUUUGGAAAAGGAGCUCUCGAGGGUGAAGGAGGAGAUGGAGAGAAGGGAGCGGGAGAGGAAGGCGGCCGAGGAACGCAGGACCAAGGAGCUCCUGGCGCAGCUCAGGAAGAAGUUUGAGGAGGGGAAAAAGUUCAGCCUGGAGGAGCUGAAGGAAGCCAUGGACCACACAGAGAGAGAGGUGAAGAAGUACUUGUCCGAGGGCAGGAAGGAGGAUGCGAAAAGUGCUCAGGAGACGUACAACUACCUGAAGCAGAAGUAUGAAGAGGAGAAUGAUCAGAGUUUCAUAACCAAACUUAAAUUCGCGGCGCAUUGUUUAUUGGCUGGGGCGGUGACUGGGCUCAGUGUGAUGAAGGUCGGUGGGGUGCCCGGCAUGAUUGGCGGUGUGGUGGUUGGUGGGGUAUUGGCUGGGAUCGGAUCCUUGACUGACAGUUCAAAGAAGUAGUCAAAGAAAUGGCCGCAUCUUGAAAUGGUUCACCGCACCUGCAUUCCCGACCCCUUCCACCCUCCCGCCUCCCAAUCUAAUCACUGAAAUGGACCCCAAGUGUCCUCCACCCCACCCCUCCCACAGUCCAUCCGCAGCCGGAUAUCAAUGGUGCUGACACAACAACAUUCACGGGGGGCGGGGGGGGGGUGAUCAGGGGGAGCAGAAAUUUCCUCCGCCCCUCCCCACACACCGAGUCCCCUCCCACAGCCCACGGACACUCUCCCCCGUCACCGACUCUCCCCACCCCCCACCGUAUCCCCUUCCACAUCCCAAGUGCAGUCUCCCCCAUCACCGACUCUCCCCCCACUCACCGAAUCCCCUCCAAGAGCCCACGGACACUCUCCCCCGUCACUGACUCUCCCCCAACCCUGUUCUCCAGCCUUGUCCCCGGAACCUUCAACACCCUCACUAAUCCAGAUCCCUCGACCUCCGCUUUAGACACACCCAAUGACGUGGCCUCCAUAGCCGUCUGUGCCGACGGAUCCCACGGAUUCACCGCCCUUCUCUGGCUGAAGAAAUUCCUCCUCGUCUCCAUUCUAAAGGGACGUCCUUCUAUUCUGUGGCUGAGCCCUCUGGUCCCGGACUCUCCCACCGCUGGGAACACUGUCUCCACGUCUGCUCCAUCCGGGGCUAUCAAUAUUCCGGAGGAUUCAGUGACAUCCCCCCCAUCCUUCUAAACGACAGCGAGUUCAGGCCCAGAGACGUCAAACGAUCCUCGUCGGUUAACCCUUUCACCUCCGGGCUCGUUCUCCUUAACCUCCUCUGGACCCUCUCCAGCGCCGCCACAUCCUUCCGUAGAUACUGGGCCCAGAACGGCCCACAACGGACCAAAUGUGGUCUGGCCGAGGCCUUGUAAAGUCUCUGCGUCUGCCGUUUCUCCGCCCACAUCUGCAACCCGAUCCAUAUGUCCCAUUCUACCAAGAGCGGAGGUCCCAGCACGGAUCUCUGUGGAACAUCACUGAGUACACCCCACCUCCCCAGAAAAAUACCCCAUUACCCUCCUCUGGGCAAGACAAUUCUGAAUUCAGACGACCAGGUCACCACGGAUUCCAUGCAUUGCAAUCUUCCUCAUCAGCCCCCCAUGAGGGGAGUGGGGGGGCCUUGUCGCAACACCCCUUACUGACGUCAACGUGGACAACAUCCAUUCACCAAUCACCUUCGCCGCCUCCUCAAAAAGAAAAGCAAUCAAUUUUGUACGCUGUAAUCAGCCCCCCACCCAUAAACACAAGCUGACAGUCCCUAAUUAGCCCAUGUUGUUCCGAAUGCGAGAAAAUCCUAUCCCAAAGACCCUUCUCCAGUGCCAUGCCUCCCACUGACUGGAGUCUCGCCGGUCUCAAAUAUCCUGGAAUUGUCCCUAUUUCCCUUCUUGAACAGCGGAACAUUUCUCCCGCCCCCGCCCCCAAGGACCUCUCCUGUCGUUGAAGAGGACACGUAGACUAGUUACAAAUGUGGGCAGAGAAAUGGCAGAUGGAUAAAUGUGAGGUGUUGCACCUUGGUGGGACUAAUGUCAAGAGGCAGUGCACUCUAGGGCAAAAGCCUUCACAGUGUUGAAGAGCAGAGACCUUGGGGUGCAAGUCCAUUGCUUAUUGAAAAUGGCUACACAGGUAGACAGGGUGGUUAACAAGGCUUAUGGAAAGCUGCUUUCAUUGAUCGGGGUCCUGAGUACAGGAGUCAGGAAGUUCUGAUGCAUCUCUAUCGACCUCUGGUUAGGCCGCAUUUUUGAGUAUUACGUGCAAUUCUGGUCACCUCACUGCAGGAAGGAUGUCGAGGCUUUAGAGAGGUUGCACAGGAGGUUUACCGGGAUGCUGCCUGGAUUAGAGGGCAUGUGCUAUCAGGAGAAACUGGACAAACUUGGGCUCUUUUGUAUAGAGCGGCGGAGGCUGAGGGGUGAUCUGCUGGAAGUGUGUAAAAUUAUGAGGGGCAUAGAUAGGGUGGACAAGUAAUAUCAUUUUCCCCGUUGUUGAGCGAUCCAAUACCAGACGGCAUAAGGUGAGGGGGGUAGGUUCAGAACAGACGUGAGGGGCACCUUUUUUACUGAGAGAGCGGUGGGUGCCUUGCAAUGCGUUGCCUGAUAGGGUGGUGGAGGCACAUUCAUUGGGGGCUAUUAAAAGGGUCUUGGUUGGUCACCACUCUCUAUAUAAUUGAUUGGUCGAAUUAAUUCUAUUAAAAUAAAUAUUUUACCUGAAUUUGUAUACCUAUUUCAGGCUUUACUUGUUUUUAUUCCUAAGUCCCUUCUUUUGACUCUCUUGACUCAAUUAUAUCUUUUUACAUAUGGAAAAACAAACAUCCAGAUUAAAUAAAGCUCACCUUCAGGAGGUUAAAAAGAAUUGAGAUUUAGCCUUACCUAAUUUCAGCUUCUAUUACUGGACAGUCAAAGUACGAAAUCUGACGUUUUGGCUACAUUAUAUUAAUCAUGAGGCCUGUCCAGUAUGGGUUUCUUUGGAAGCUAACUGUUAAAGAAAAAUGUCCAUUAUUUCUUUGCUUCGCUCUUCACUUCCUCUAUCAUUAAAUAAACUAACAGAUAAUUUAGUAAUUAAACAUGCUAUGAGGAUUUGGUUAAAAUUUAGAAAAUAUUUUGACUUAUCGAGAUUUUCUUUGUGUAGUCCCAUUUUUUCUAAUUGUGUUUUAAACCUUCUAUGAAUGAUGUAGUUUAUAAAGAGUGGGACAAAUUGGGUAUUACGUGUUUAAAGGAUCUGUUUCUUGGAGGAAAUCUUUCUUCGUUUGAAUAAUAGUUAACCAAAUAUAGUUUACCAAAAACUCUUUUUUUUCCGAUAUUUACAAGUUAGAGACUUUCUCCGAUCUCACCACACUAUUUUCCUAUGAGUCCUGAAAAAAACAUACGAGAUGUAAUUUUUAAUUCGAAGUCUUUCUAUGAUGGCUCAAUUUCUAACAUUUAUGACAGGUUACCAGGAAUGAGUAAGGCUCCUUUAGAUUAAAUGAAAAAUGCUUGGGAACAAGCCUUGCAGAUUUGAAUCUCUGAGGAAAUUUGGAAUUAAAAUUUAAACUGGUCAAUGCUUCAUUAUUAUACGCCUGUCACUCUCUCCUUCAAUAUAAAGUGGUCCACAGAGCUCACUUGUCGAAAGACAAGCUAUCGCGUUUUUGUUUGGAUGUAUCUCCUUAUUGUGAUAAAUGCAAUAACGUAGAGGCUUCUUUAAUUCGCAUGUUUUGGACGUCAGAGUCUUAAAAAUAUUAGACAGACGUGUUUCAAACCUUUUCUGUGUUCUUUAAAAUAAAUUUUAAACUUAAGCUUUUGACUGAAUUAUUUGGGAUUGUUGGAGUGAAGAAUAUAACUUUGGAGGCUUCUGAUCGGCACAUUCUGGCUUUUAUUUCUCUUAUAACCAAGAGGGCUGUGUUGUUUAAAUGGGAGGAAGUUUCUCCGCCUACUCCUGCUCAAUGCUUACAGGAUGUUAUGUCGUACCUAAAUUUAGAGAAGAUCCGCUGUUCAAUUUCUGAAUCUAACUUAGACUUUCAAACGCUGUGGGGACCUUUUUUGAACUAUUUUCAAAACCUUUGAUCUGAUGGCUAAAGUACAGAUUGGCUGAUAUCGAUAUGUGCCAAGGAUUUUUCCUUGUCCUUUUUUUAUUAAACGGCUCCGGUCUUGGUAGUGGGUUUAGAGGUUUAUUUUAAUAAUAAAAUUAUUCCAAAUUAUUCAUUAUUAAUUAAUUAUCAUGAGUAAUUAUUAAUGUAGAGUAUUGUGACUUCAAGUGUGAUUUAACGCAAUACAUUUUGUAGUUUUUCUUCUUUUUGAUUCAUGUACUCUGUACUUUCUUUGCGGAAUUAAUAAAAAUAUUGUA